UUUUCCUUUUUUUCUACUUCAAAACGGAGAACCGCCAACGAAGAAUUUUCUGCUUCGUCUUCUCCGUCGCUGAUCGAUCUGAUUAUUUCUGAAGGUGGAGCUGGUAGGUUCCAUAAUCCGCGGUGGUGAUGGCUUCUAACGAUCCCAAAAACGGCGGCGGUUUCUUCGCCUCUAUAGCUUCAACCAUCACCAAUUUCGGAUCGGUAAUGUCCAAAUCAGUUAACGGUUUGAUGGGAUAUGAAGGGCUUGAAGUGAUUAAUCCAGAGGGGAGUACAGAAGAUGCAGAGGAGGAAGCAGGAAGAGGAAGAUGGAAGCAAGAGGAACGUGAUGGCUAUUGGAAGAUGAUGCAGAAGUACAUAGGGUCUGAUGUUACAUCUAUGGUGACUCUUCCUGUGAUCAUUUUUGAACCCAUGAUAAUGCUUCAGAAAAUGGCUGAGUUGAUGGAAUACUCGCAUCUGCUAGACAUGGCUGACAAAGCUGAAGACCCUUACAUGCGUAUGGUAUAUGCAUCAUCAUGGGCUAUAUCUGUUUAUUAUGCCUACCAGCGUACAUGGAAGCCGUUUAAUCCAAUCCUUGGUGAGACUUAUGAGAUGACUAAUCAUAAUGGGAUUAAUUUUAUAGCUGAACAGGUCUGUCAUCACCCACCAAUGAGUGCUGGUCAUGCAGAAAACGAGCAUUUCGCUUACGACUGCACUUCAAAACUGAAAACGAAAUUCCUAGGAAACUCAAUUGACGUCUACCCUGUAGGAAGGACACGAGUGACACUUAAAAGAGAUGGUGUGGUUCUUGAUCUUGUACCUCCCUUGACUAAGGUUCAUAACCUUAUCUUUGGACGAACAUGGGUCGAUUCGCCAGGAGAGAUGGUCUUGACGAACCUGACCACUGGUGAUAAAGUGGUGCUUUACUUUCAACCAUGUGGCUGGUUUGGAUCUGGACGUUAUGAAGUGGAUGGUUACGUGUAUAAUUCAGCUGAAGAGCCCAAGAUACUAAUGACCGGUAAAUGGAGCGAGUCCUUGAGUUAUCAGCCAUGUGACGCGGAAGGGGAACCUCUUCCAGGCACCGAACUGAAGGAGGUAUGGAAGGUCGCUGAAGCUCCAAAGAACGAUAAAUACCAAUACACACACUUUGCUCACAAGAUCAAUAGCUUUGAAACUGCCCCUAAAAAGCUAUUGUCAUCAGAUUCACGUCUGCGUCCUGAUAGAUACGCACUUGAGAUGGGUGAUAUGUCCAAAUCUGGAUACGAAAAGAGCAGCCUAGAGGAGAGACAGAGAGCAGAGAAGAGAAGCCGAGAAGAGAAAGGCCAAAAGUUUGUUCCAAAAUGGUUUGAUGAAACAGAGGAAGUCAGUCCUACACCAUGGGGUGAUCUCGAAGUUUACCAAUUCAAUGGAAAGUACUUGGAGCACCGCGCCGAAGCCGAUAACUACGAGGAUGCCACCGACCUGAAGUUGACCCAAUUCAACCCUUGGCAAUUCGGGGAUCUCUCUGCUUAAACCUUUGGGGUGCUUUCAUAUGGUGUGUACUCCUUGUUUCAUUCUUAGAUCUUGUUUUGUUUCAUUGUAUUUUCCAUAGAUUCUAUAUAAUCUGUCUAUUUAAGGUCUAUAAAAAAAACAAGGCAAUAUGAAUUGAGAAGUUUCUUGGGGCUUAAGCAACUAAUAGGAGAAAA